AUGACGCGCCGCAUAGUACGGACGGGCAUACAGCUCAUCGCCCUUACCAUCGUCGUCUCCGUCACCGUAUUCUUCCUCGAUAAUCGCUACCGCGUCCUCCCUCAAUCUGUCCACAGUCACAUGCCACUGCACCACGACGGCCUCAUCAUCACCGAUAUCACUGUGCAGACAUGUUCGACAAUCAAUCCCCUCUCCAAAUGCAUGCUUGACCAGAAGAAGUGGCAUCGCAUCGAGAAGGACUUGCACCUCGGUUCGGGAUGGGUUACCAAGGCAUACGUCCACAUCAAGCGCAAGCGAGAGGAGGAGCUCAAGACUGAAGACAAAGUCAUCAUCGAUGUUCGCACAGGCAAGCUUGACCCCUCUGUGGGCGAGAAAGCCCAGGCGUCGGAGAAAUGGGAGUCACGGCCAGCUGACAUCUGGAUCAAGCGCUCGCUGAAGCGUCACGCGAGCGACUCCAAGAAGGCAGUGACGGCCGUCGACAUUCUUUUUGGCGCUGAUGCAGUAGAGCCACGUCCUGGCUGGGAACUGGUCAAGAACGGAGCCCUGCAUCUCGAGACGGGCAAAGCGAGCACCGAUCCUCGCCUCAGCAUACGAAGAGGCCCGGCAGCCAAGGUGGAGAAGCCUGUACCCAAGAUCAGGAAGGAUGGCAAAUUCAAGAUCAUGCAGAUAUCCGACCUGCAUCUCAGCACUGGCCUGGGUCACUGUAGAGACCCGGAGCCUAAGGGCCACAAUGGCGGACACUGCGAUGCCGACCCUAGGACCAUAGAGUUUGUCGAGAGAGUUCUCGAUGAUGAAAAGCCAGACUUUGUCGUCUUGUCUGGCGACCAGGUCAAUGGCGACACAGCACCUGAUGUCCAAAGUGCCUUGUUCAAGAUUGUCGACCCCCUCGCAGAGCGCAAGAUACCAUACGCAGCCAUCUUCGGCAACCACGAUGACGAAGGCACUCUCUCCCGCCACGCGCAAAUGGAUCUGUACGACUCCCUACCCUACUCCGUUAGUGAGCCCGGUCCCAACACGAUAGAUGGCGUCGGAAACUACUUUGUAGAGAUCCAAGCCCACAGCAGCAAACACUCAGCCCUAACCCUAUACUUCCUCGAUACACACUCUUACUCGCCAGACGAGACCCACUACCGUGGCUACGACUGGCUCAAGCCAAAUCAAAUCGACUGGUUCAAGACCACUGCUCAGGGCUUGAAGGAAGCGCACAGCCACUACACCCAUAAGCAUCUCAACAUGGCUUUCAUCCACAUCCCACUUCCAGAAUAUGGCAACGUCGACAACGAACGCGUUGGAAACUGGACUGAGCCCAUUACUGCCCCGGCCUUCAACACCCACUUCAAAGACGCGCUGGUCGAAUAUGACAUUAGUGCCGUCUCAUGUGGCCACGACCACGUCAACGACUACUGCUCGCUUUCCAAAGAACCUGAGACUGGCGAUCCAGAACUGUGGAUGUGCUACGCCGGUGGCAGUGGCUUUGGUGGCUAUGGUGGCUACAACAAUUACCACCGCCGAUUACGCGUGUUCGAAAUCGAUACAAAUCAAGCACGCAUUGUGACGUGGAAGCGGUUGGAAUAUGGGUUCUUCACCAUCGUCCUCGAUAUGCCUUUUCUCGCCCAAAAAUGUCUACCCAUUCCUACAAAAGACAUCCUGUCGUGGAUGUAUGACGACCCACUUUUCGAUCAAGAUAGACCUAUAUAUAUCGACGCCAACAACCCAGCACACCACAUUACCGCUGCACAGGCUCAUGUCCUCAUUCGCCAACUCAUCGCCGGACUCAAACAUGCGGGUAUACAGACGGGCGAUGUCGUACUAGUGCAUGCCUUCAACUCGAUUUACUACCCUAUCAUUGUCUUGGGUAUCAUAGGUGCAGGCGCAAUCUACACAGGCACAAACCCAGGUUAUACGAGAUGGGAGAUAGAACACGCGCUGAAGAGUAGCGCAGCAAAGAUGGUGAUUUGCGACACAGAAGUGCUGGAAAAUGGGAUGAGUGUGGCCGCGGAGGAAUGUGGUCUACCUAGAGAACGAAUCUUAAUGCUAGACGAUACUAGUCUUCAUCUUCCACCACAACGAGCGGCAGACGACAAAACGUCUUGGCGUACACUGCUCAUGCAUGGCGAGGCCGAUUGGCAGCGUUUCGACGAACUGGAGACGAGCCGGCGUACGAUCGCUGGUCUGUUCUUCUCCAGCGGGACGACGGGGUUGCCCAAGUUGGCGAAACUGUCGCAUUACAACCUCAUCGCGCAACAUACACUGGUCUUCCAGGCGAAUCCGCGGCCAUACCUUCUCAAGCGUCUAAUUGCGCUGCCAAUGUUCCAUGCUGCUACUGCGCCGUCGACGCACUUCUCCCCUCUUCGCGCGGGACAACAACAGAUUGUCAUGCGGCGGUACGAACCUCGAACGUUUCCUGAGAUGGCGGAGAAGCAUGCAAUCACGGAUUUAACCCUCGUGCCCCCACAGGUAACCAGUAUGUUAGCAAUCCCGUUGACCAAAGCAGAAAAAAGGAGGAUGUUGGCAACUGUGCGUUGGGCGGUUGGCGGAGCCGCACAUCUCGACGCUACCACACAGAAACGCUUCCAAGACCUACUUCCACCGGGAUCACCAUUUACACAGAUCUGGGGAAUGACGGAAGUGAGCUGUUUCGGGUCCAUCUUUCCCUGGCCUGAGAUAGAUGACACAGGCAGUGUGGGAAAAUUUUUAUCGAACCUGGAUGUGAAGUUGCUGGAUGAUGACGGAAAGGAUAUCACGAACUUCGACGUGAAGGGUGAGCUGGCUGUGAGAGGGCCAACAAUCACGAGUGGAUAUGUUGGUGUGGCGCGAGAGCGAGACUUUGAUAGCGAAGGCUACUUCAGGACAGGAGAUGUACUGUAUUGUAAUGGCAGAACUAGACUGUGGUACAUUGUUGAUCGAAAGAAGGAGCUUAUCAAGGUCCGCGGCUUUCAGGUCGCGCCGGCGGAGCUAGAGGGAGUGAUUUUGGAAUGUCCGGGAGUGGCAGAUGUCGCUGUCAUUGGAGUUAGCGGAUGUGGCAGUAACGAGGAGGUACCUAGAGCAUAUAUCGUCAAAGGGAAAGAUGAAGAGUUAACGGAACAACACGUCAAGAGCUGGGUCGAGGCAAAGCUGGCAAAGUACAAAAGGCUCGAUGGCGGCGUGGUUUUCGUGCCGGCUAUACCGAAAAGUCCGAGCGGUAAGAUCUUAAAACGUGUACUGAAGGAAGGGAUGACGGAAGUAGCGACACGUGCGAAAUUGUGA